GAAAAUUUUGUUGAAAAAAAAUUUCAAAACAAUUUAAAAUGGAAAUUUCAUCAAAUACCUCAGAAUUUGACAAAAAUCAACUUUUAUGUCAACUUUGUUUGUCCAAAGACGAUUUGAUACGCAUCACAGCAGCAAAGGAAAGCUUAAUCAACUCACUUCUCGGAAUCAGUAUCACAAAAAAUCCAUCGAAUCGGCUUUGUAUCAACUGCUCAAGUGCCUUAACUUCAUUCGAUAAAUUCAGAAAAAACGCUGGAAUGGCUCAAAAUAUCCUAAAAAGCGCUCGAGAUGCAUCAAAAGUAUCUUUGAACAUUUUAAGUGAGUCUGACGAGUCAACUUCUGCUGCUUUUGACACCGUACUGAGCUGGUUAACGGAUGUAAAUGUAAUUUUGAGACAUUUUCCUGCAAGAUUUGAAAUGGAAAAAUCUCAAGAAGUACAAAAAUCGAGGGAAAAUUCUGAAAAUUUUCUUCCAACUACUGAUACGGAAAAUACAAAUACGAAUUUCGAGAUGGAAUUUGAAGAAAAUUCAGCUUCGGAAGAAUCUGUGCACAUAAAAGAUGAAGUAAAUUUGGAAUUUCAUACAAAUUGUGACGAGGAUAUUGACGAAAUGAGCUCAAAUUCAUUGGAAGAGGGAGAAAUUCGAAAAAAAAUUGAGGAAGAGAUCCCUCAGGAAGUUCUUGUAUUCAAUCCUGACGAACAUUUUGAUAAAAGCGGACCGCCAAAUCGGUAUUACAAAUGUCCCCAAUGUGGAAAGCAUUAUUUUCGAACUGAAUUAAUUUAUCAUUUUUAUACACAUUCAGAUUACAAACCUUUCAAAUGUCCCCGCAAAGAUUGCGAUCAUGCAUGUUCAAAUCCUUUCAACCUAAUGAGGCACAUGCGAUACCGUCACAAAUACAAAGAAGAAAAGGCAAAAAUUUACUCUCGUUACUCCGAAGAACUCCAAAAAAUGGAAAAAUAUUACGUGCCCCAGCUGAAAUCCACAGGUCGACCUUUCCAAUGUCCCGAAUGCAACAAAACUUUCCAUCGCACGGACCUUUACUACCAUUUCAACGUACACAGAGACAAUCGUCCCUUUGAAUGUACCGCCGAAAAUUGCUCAGAAACGUAUUUCAGUCCUUCAGAUUUAGCAAAACACGCGAAAAAAGUCCAUGGAAUCCAACUUGCGCCGGAAAUGAUGUUCGAUCCGGCACUUUCAAGACCGGAAAAAGCAACAAGAAUCAACGAUGAUUCACAAAACCAGCGAAAAAAACCGAAAAAAACGUAGAAAAAAAUAAAUUCAUUAAUAUAUAUUCAAUUUUUUUUACAUAUUUAGACAGGCAA